UGUGUGUGCGUAUCGUAUCCGUACAAGCCUGGGCCGCCGCCGAUAUCACUUCCAAUAUUAAAAUGCAGCUGUUGUGCAAAAAAACUAUAAUAUUCAAUGGCUAGACUGCAGCGACGGUGGGACGGACGACGAUCGCGAAUGAAUUGCGUCGGCAUCCCCCGCCGCAGACACAAUAUUAUUACACUUCGCGUUAUUGUUGAUACAAUAACGUGACAAUUAUUUACGACUGCAAAGGCCGCACACAUUUUUGCAGGCAUAAAUUUUUUUUCCGUAUUAUCUAAGAAUUCGCCCACGUAACCACCCGGCUGAUAAGACGGUAUCCGAACAGUGAUAACAGAUAAUACUGCACGUCGACUGUUAUUGUGAUGAACAAUAAUAAUUAUUAUUUUUUAUUACAAAUACGGUUUUUUUAUUAAAUAUUAUUGCUGUUUUCAUGAUUAAAUAUUACAUGACACACACGUCAUAUAUGUGUUGUAAUUUUCUACUAGUGUCGCACCUCGUUUAUAAACAUGGGUGUUGCAGUUAAAAAAAAAACCAGCUCCCCGACUCCAACUGUGAGAUUUUCUCCAACGACUGCUAUCAUUGAUCGUCAGGGUGUCCUUAGAACAGAAGGACGUCGACAACUGAAAGCUCAAUCCGAAAGCAUUCGGGACAAUAUUGAUGAUGACAAAUUCACAUUGAGUCGAACAUGGAUACUAUCGACGAUUGUAUUACUGUGUGCAAUUAUAGCAUUGACCUAUCGUGGAUACUUAGAUACACGAGCUGUCAACUAUCCCUAUGAGGGGCCAAAAGUUAUACAGAAAAAUGGUGAUCCAACAUUAUGGGGAACUUACAGACCAGGCGCUUACUUUGGAUUACGCACUAAAGAGCCAUUGGGAAAAGGUUCUGUUGCUGCUGGCCUUAUGUGGUACACACAACAAAGUUUGAUGAGAACUGGAUCAAUUGAUUCUUCAAUUCGUCAUAUGUGUGAUAAUGCUCACGAAAAUCUAGUAUAUGGUUAUGUGGAGCAUGAUACUGUAAAUUAUGGACAUCAAGUAAUUAAUGAUGGAAAAGAAAAUGGAUUCAAAUUACAAACUAUAUUUUUGAGACCAAAUAAUGAUGGAAAAACAGAUACAUCAAAUACUGAUUGGACUACACGAAUAAUAUAUGAAACAAAUAAUUCAGCAUCAUCCGUGUCUCUAGUAUGGUACGUUUAUAUUGAUCCUGGAGAAGAUGAACAGUUAUUGAAUAAUGAAGAAUACUCUCUUGGCAUACAAAAAGGUGUAGAUGGUAAAUUAGGAACUCCUUUAGUAACAAUUACGGGCUCUACUCCAAGUCUAAGCGACUUCAAAAUGUCUAUAAUUCCCAUACCACCCAAUAAUACAAAUAAUCUUAGUAUAUCAACAGUACAUAUAAACACAAGUAUAAGUAGUUCAUGGUGUCCCAAUACAGCUAUGUUAAAACAAUGCUUAGCAAAAUCGAUGGCUAUUAAACGACAACCUGUAAAAGAGCCUGGAAUUAGUUCACAAAUAAUGCUUGUAGAAGAAAAAUAUAGUAUACACGAUAAUAGUCGUCAAACUUCAAAUCUUUUGAAAAAUUUUGUAGCUGUACAAAUAACAAUUACCCCUAAUAUUAAGAAAGAUGUUACAUCUAAAUUUAGAAGUUAUUCUCUAGAUGUAGCAUAUACUCAGAAAAAUAAAUUUAUAGAUGCAGCUUUAUUUAAAGACACAUCUCCUUUAUUAGUAGGAAGUAAAUUUAGUUCUGUACAUACUGAAUACAGUAAUAAAUUUCAACAAAAAUUUCACAAUACAUUUCCGAUUAAACUGAAAGAUACAGCUGAAAAAUCUUUAUUAUUAGAUUUUGCAAAAGUUACUUUUAGUAACAUGGCUGGGAGCUUGGGAUACUUUUAUGGAUCUUCUCUAGUUAGAGAUGAUGAUGAUGAAAAUAAUUUAAACAAUGGUGGUGUAUCAGAAAUAGAUAUAGUGGAUGCUGUAAAGUAUUGGAGGGCGGGACUACUAACAGCAGUUCCAUCAAGAUCACAGUUUCCUAGAGGUUUUUUAUGGGAUGAUGGUUUUCAUGGUCUAAUGUUGGGGAGAUGGAGCGUUGAAUUACAACUACAUAUUUUAGGCCAUUGGAUGGACUUGUUAAAUCACCAAGGAUGGAUACCUAGAGAGCAGAUUCUAGGAUCAGAAGCCAGAUCCAGAGUACCAGAAGAAUUUGUGGUUCAAAGUUCCCGAGCUGCCAAUCCACCAGCGCUAUUACUUACUGUUGACUUAUUACUAAGACAGAUUAAACAACGUCGACAGGCCAAAGAUGAUACACCUAGUAAUAAAGAAAAAUUAAACUUUGAUGAAGUUGAUCAUACAUUAAAAAAAUUAUAUCCAAGACUUAAAGCAUGGUAUACAUGGUUUAACCGUACUCAAAAGGCUGUAAAUAAUUAUACUAAACAUUCAACCAAUCUUGAGUUUCAUCUAGAUAAAAGAUUUAUUGGAUAUCGUUGGAGAGGACGUGAUGCAAUAACUAACAAGGAAUUGAAUCCUAAAACAUUAACUUCAGGAAUGGAUGAUUAUCCCAGAUCAUCUCAUCCUGUCAACGAUGAUGGAACUUCAAACAUCGAUAAUAUUUUUAAAAGAGCGGAUGAUUUUGAUUUUGAUACAUCUGAACGUCAUGUUGAUUUACAUUGUUGGAUGGCUCACGGUGCACGAAUAAUGAAUAAUCUUCACAAUUAUCUACAACCACCGGGUAUAACCAAAUUUGAAAAUAAAUAUUCAGUACAUUUUUGGAUGUUAGUUGAAAAUUUGGAUCGAUUGCAUUGGUCAGAGGGAAAUAAUGAUACUUCUCAAACUUUUACUUCAAAAAUUCCAAUGUAUGCCGAUUAUGGUAUACAUACAGAUGAUGUAAGAUUAGAAAAAUUAAAAGGAAUGCAAGAUUCAGUGAGGGUAGUAGGACGAAAGAGUUCUCCUAAAUGGCGUUUUGUUGACUCACAUGUGGGGUACAAUGCACUAUUCCCUAUGUUUUUUCGAUUAGUUAAGAAUUCUCAGCGUUUAAAUGCAAUACUAGACCUAAUAGAAGGAACUAAUAAUGACAGUACUGGAAAUCAUGGUUUAUUAACUAAACGUUGUGGUUUGAGAUCUUUGUCAAAAAGUUCACCGCUGUACAAAGUAAGAAAUACUAUGCAUGACCCUCCAUACUGGCGUGGCUCUGUUUGGAUUAAUAUGCAAUACUUGGCAUGUUCAUCUUUAUACUAUUAUGCCAAUUUACCUGAAGAUACUGAGUCCACUUAUGCAAAUAAUGAUGAAUAUGAAAACUUGGAACCAAUACGAUACUUAGAUGUAAAAACCAAACAAAGAUGUGCACGAUUAUAUGAUAAAAUACGCAAUGAUGUAAUUCAAUGUGUGUACAAAGAAUGGAAGCGUACUGGUUAUGUAUGGGAACAAUAUGAAGAUGAACCAAUAUCAGAUAAUAUAUUAGGUUUAAUUCAUAAAGGCAAAGGAACUAGACCAUUUACAGGAUGGUCGGCAAAUGUUGUACUACUUAUGGCUGAAAUUUACUAAAAAAAUGAUUUAAUGUAUAUCACAUUUAUUUUUGUUGUUUAGAUACAAUCAAGUGUACACUUCAUAUUAUAAAUUUAAACUUAUUAGGAAAUUUAUAAUUAUUUUAUUUUUAUUAUACUAAUAGAGUUAAUAAUAUGAGGUCAGUGCAAUAUUUGUUUUAUCUCUCAAAAACACAAAAAGAAAAAUUGUUUUUAUAAUUUUAAGAGAUUUUAAAGUAAAAUCACAUAUUAU